GGCAAGCAUUUACUGGUCGAACGAAACAGUGCAUAAAGCCUGUGCCUCGUCACCAAACACUCUGCUUCUGGCGAUCGGCCUACUUGCAGAUCAAAUUUCAAAGUUCAAACCCUCGCAUCACCUGCACUCCAAGUUCAAGGAUUGAGAAGCUCUAAAUAGUUCUUCAAUCCUGUAUACUGGUAAUGGCUUCAAAACGCAUCACUAAGGAGUUGAAGGACCUACAGAAGGAUCCUCCUGUUUCUUGCAGUGCUGGCCCUGUUGGUGAAGACAUGUUUCAUUGGCAAGCUACAAUUAUGGGCCCUGCAGACAGCCCUUAUGCAGGUGGUGUCUUCCUAGUGACUAUUCACUUUCCUCCAGAUUAUCCUUUCAAGCCCCCAAAGGUUGCAUUUCGAACAAAGGUAUUUCACCCAAACAUCAACAGCAAUGGAAGUAUCUGUCUUGAUAUUCUGAAAGAGCAGUGGAGCCCUGCUCUUACAGUUUCUAAGGUUCUGCUGUCAAUCUGCUCCCUGCUGACAGAUCCAAACCCAGAUGAUCCUUUGGUGCCUGAGAUUGCUCACAUGUACAAGACUGACAGAGCCAAGUAUGAGAACACUGCCCGUUCUUGGACUCAGAAAUUUGCCAUGAACUAGUAGUUCUUGGCAUGCUUUUGAUUUUGCUUCUGGGCAGGUCAUGUGCAAACAAAUGAAAUAGGUUUAUACAUAAAACAAAUAGUGUUGCGCUUUUAUGUAAUUUUAAUAAUUAUCCAUACUUCAAGAUUCAGGUUUAUGGGGUUUCAAAACGUUUGCCCAGAAUUUGUAUCUCCCCAUUUUAUAUUUUAAUAUGCGUUGUUGUUUUUAAA